CCCUGAAAUGUCACAUAAAUUUGAUAUGAUCGAAAAUGUUAAAAACGACAGACUUAUUAGAUAUUUGAAAAUAAAAUCGCUUUUUACCAAGAUUGUAUUAUAAUUAACGUAAAGAUGCUAAUGCUGAGCAAAAUAAAGGGAAAAGCUUAUGAGUGGCUGCACGCAGAUGCAGACCGCGUGUGGCUACCGUUGGAUGACCUAGAGCAGAGCUGAUCUCAACGUUUAGGGGAAAAUCAUCGAAGUUGGAGAUACGACGCAAUUUCGAAGGGCGCAAAUGGAAACAAAGCGAAAGUUUCGGGAGGUAUGUCGACGAUAAGAUAAAGCUUGCUCAGGGCAUUAAUAUUGAUGCAGAUGAAAUGUUGAGCUGCAUCAUCGAAGGUAUCCCCAAUCAGGCGCAUAUUCAGUGCUUUGUGGAUGUUGGGCACAUAAAGAGUGCGUUUGCGGAUGUAAGCUUGCCAAAGCUAUAUGGAGUUGGCAGGCCGACGACAUCAACGGAUCCCAAGGACAGCAAGGAGACUCGUUGUUUCAAUUGCAAUGCCAAAGGGCAUUGGGCGUAUGAGUGCAGGAAGUCGAAACGGGAGAAAGGAUCAUGCUAUGCGUGCGGAGAGAUGGGACACUUUGUUGCGAAAUGCUUGAAAAACAAAAACAAGAACGAGGGCGAAAACAAAUAUAAUGCCUCAUAGAUACAGGAAGCCCAACAUCAUUUAUUAAAAUAUCCAAAGUGCCAGAAGACAUUUCAAAAUUACCAGUUUUAAGUUCAUAUUAUGGUUUAAACAAAAGUUACCUAAAAACUUAUGGAAAAAUACUAUGUUAUGUUUUGAAAAAUUUAAAUAAAGUACAUUUUAAUUUA